AUGAUCCUGCCCUGCGCCCUGCUGGUCGCUCUCCUGGCUGCCGGCCACGCCGCCAACCCUUGCUGCUCAAACCCAUGCCAGAACAGAGGGGUGUGCACGACAGCGGGGUUUGAUCGAUACGAAUGUGACUGCACAAGGACAGGAUUUUAUGGGGAAAACUGCACGACACCGGAAUUCCUCACGUGGCUGAGGCUAACGCUGAAACCUUCGCCGAAUACUGUCCACUACAUCCUCACCCACUUCAAAGGAGCCUGGAACAUCAUCAACAAUAUUCCCUUCUUACGAGAUGCUAUUAUGAGAUACGUGUUAACGUCCAGAUCACACUUGAUUGACAGCCCACCAACUUACAACAGUGAUUAUAAUUACAAAAGCUGGGAAGCUUAUUCCAAUCUUUCCUAUUAUACAAGAAGCCUUCCACCAGUAGGACUUGACUGUCCAACACCAAUGGGUGUGAAAGGCAAGAAGGAGCUCCCAGAUUCCAAGCUGAUUGUGGAGAAGUUUUUGCUGAGGAAAAAAUUUAUCCCAGACCCACAAGGCACAAAUGUGAUGUUCACAUUCUUCGCCCAACACUUCACCCACCAGUUCUUUAAGACAGACCACAAGAAAGGACCUGGCUUCACCAAAGCUCUGGGGCACGGGGUUGACUUGAACCAUAUUUAUGGAGAGACUCUGGAGAGACAACUUAAACUGAGACUUCUAAAGGAUGGAAAGUUAAAAUACCAGAUGAUCGAUGGAGAAAUGUAUCCACCCACAGUGAAGGACACUCAGGCAGAGAUGAUCUACCCUCCUCACGUUCCUGAACACCUGCAGUUUUCUGUGGGGCAGGAGGUGUUUGGUUUGGUCCCAGGCCUGAUGAUGUACGCUACGAUCUGGCUGAGGGAACACAACCGGGUCUGUGACAUCCUGAAACAGGAGCACCCAGAGUGGGAUGAUGAGCAGCUGUUCCAAACGACCAGACUUAUAUUGAUAGGAGAGACAAUCAAGAUUGUUAUUGAGGACUAUGUGCAACACUUGAGUGGCUACCACUUCAAACUCAAGUUCGACCCUGAGCUGCUCUUCAACCAGAGGUUUCAAUACCAGAACCGAAUUGCAGCCGAAUUCAACACUCUCUACCACUGGCACCCCCUUCUGCCUGACACUUUCCAGAUACAUGACCAGGAGUACACGUUCCAGCAGUUCCUCUACAACAACUCCAUCAUGCUGGAACAUGGCCUUUCCCACAUGGUGAAGUCUUUCUCCAAGCAGAGUGCUGGCAGGGUUGCUGGUGGGAAGAAUGUUCCUGCUGCAGUACAGAAAGUAGCCAAGGCAUCCAUCGACCAAAGCAGACAAAUGAGAUACCAGUCCCUGAAUGAGUACAGGAAACGCUUCAUGUUGAAACCAUUCAGAUCAUUUGAAGAACUCACAGGAGAGAAAGAAAUGGCAGCUGAACUGGAGGAGCUUUAUGGAGACAUCGAUGCUAUGGAGCUGUACCCAGGCCUCCUCGUGGAGAAGCCGCGGCCGGGUGCCAUCUUUGGAGAAACGAUGGUGGAGAUUGGAGCCCCCUUCUCCCUGAAGGGACUGAUGGGCAACGCCAUCUGCUCCCCCGAGUACUGGAAGCCCAGCACCUUUGGUGGGAAAGUGGGCUUUGAAAUAAUCCAUACUGCCUCCUUACAGAAGCUCAUCUGCAACAACGUGAAAGGCUGUCCUUUCACUGCUUUCCACAUCUUAAAUCCUGAACCCACAGAGGCAACUAUUAAUGUUAGUACCUCAAAAACAGCAAUGGAAGAUAUCAACCCCACACUACUACUGAAAGAGCGAUCUGCUGAGUUGUAAAAACCCAUCUAUUUAUUUAUUUAACUAUAUUAUUUAUUCUAUUUAUGGUUUAAAGUGUUUAAAAACACUUGAAAAACAAACAGAAAAACCUUGAGCAUCUUCAUUGUGGGGGUUGCCUUAGAUUCCUUACUCGGGUAAGGCUUCCAUUUACAAAAGGGAUUUUCUGUGUUUGAGCUCUACAGUGGUGAAUCCCUUGUUUUAAAGUCUUCUGUAACAGAACUAUGUAUUCCAAAGUGGACAAAGGUUCCAACUUUUUUUAAUGUUGUUUUAAUACUUGACAAAGGGUUUGGGUGGGGUUUUUUUUGUCUUGUAACUUGAUAGGUCACGCAACACUACAAAAAGCAACUUCUUAAACUUGAAAACAGGCCAUUGAAUUAACAAGAAAAUUUGCCUUACUGUAAACUGCCAUGAAAAUGUUACGAAUUUGGUAGGGGCACUUCAAGAGUCACAAAAAGUACAUAUACUUGAGACUCAGUUAUUUAUGUCAAGUCAGAAAAUGCGUUGCAUUUAUCCUUGGUACUACCUCUCCCUCACUGCAAAUAAGGCACUUUGUACAGUAACUUAUAUGUUUGUUUUUAUGUGUAAAUCUGCUUUCAUGUGGCAUUAUACUUCUUUAAUUUAAUUAUUUAAGAAAAUAGAACCUCUCUUGGAUCUUACUUGUUUUUUAAGCCACAGAAGUGUUAUUUCUGUAAGAGGAUGAUAAUAAGGUACUGAGCUUAGCAAUAAUUGAUUCACAGGCUGCAGCAGGAGGCUGCUUCAAUUUGGAUACAGAUGUUUUACUGUGCAAGUUUGGGAAGGUCUUCAACUUAGUCCAAAGUAUUGGUAUUCUUUCCAUAGCUGUAGUUCUCUGGUCUACUUGAUAAUAUUAACUUCAAUCUCUCCCUUUAAGGUCAGAUGGGCAGUAUAGCUUUAGCUAAGGGUGUGACUGUAGUAUAGCUUUGUGUAUCCAAAACAUGGAGAUUACUGGGGAAUAGUACAAACUGAGAAGCUGUGUAAACAUGCACAGUAGAAGUGAAUACAGAGUAGAUCUAGCAAAACCUCAAGGCACCACGCCUUGAAGGCAGCUGAUGUCUAUGUACACAACCUCUACUUGACUUAAUAGUUCUAUUUAUUGGGGGAGGAGGGAUAAUGGGGUUUUUUAAACAUAAUUUAUAAACAGGCAUUUUAAGUAAGUGGCUUAAGCUUAAGUAGAACUGGCUAGUUAGCAUAAAAUCUAGACAUAUUUGUCCUGAUCCAGCACUAAAAAAACCUAGUCUCAUCUGGGCACGUAAGAAGUUACACAGGAUCUUGUACCAGCACUUCAUAUAAGGGUAUCUUUUUUUAAUUUCUAGAGAGGAAAUGUAGAAGAUGAUCUGCCCAUAAAAACAGCUGGGGAACUGUAGGUAAAAAGGAAAAGUCACUUCAGACUGGAAUAGAGCAGCAACCUGGUAUUCUCUGCCCAAAAUUCCUUGGCUACUUGUGGAAAAGGACUUGAGUUUUCUAUUUCAUCUGACUCUCUCAAACAUUUCUAGAGGCCAGUGCAUUGUACUGAGCACGGCAGUAGUGUAGUUGGACUGUGACUUCUGCUUCUGUCCACUUGUUUAGACACUGAUGACCUUGUGCUCUGUAAGUCUGGAAUGGUUAGUAUGAGGAGCUGAACCAAGAUCUCCUGCAGCAACCACUACCUGUGACUGACUGGAGGUGGUCUUUGGUAGAAAUGCUGUGGGAGAAAGAAGGGCAUUUGUUUUCCUUCUUCUGUUUGAAGCACAAAGAAGGGAAAAACUUCACUAGCCUUAUAUUACAAGGUGGUCAGUACUGUCUAUGCUAGUAAGUGAAAACUGCUUGGAUGCUUGUUAAACAUGGAAUUGUCAUUCAGAUCCAUCUCUGGAACCCAGUUCUUCAGAGCAGCCUUCUGCCAUUAACAAGGAAAAGUGUUUGGCUUAGAGUCAAAGGGAGACAAGUCUGGACAGAUCUAGUUAUUUUGGGCAGGUAAAGAGGAACUCCUCAGCCUCCUUUGAGUUACAAGCUGCUUCAGAAAGGAAUCAUGUUCACUCUGCAGCCACAUUUCAACAGUCACUUACCUGUGACCCAACCUGCUGGGUUUGGCUGGGUUCAAGUUGCUCACGAUAAAUGUGUAUGUUUGAGGUUAUUUAUUAAAAGUUCUGUGAAUUGUUUUUCACUCUAUUUUUGUAGGACAAGAAUGUUUUUAAAAUGCAAUUGUUUAUAUAAAUAAAUUGAAAACAUUAC